GUUGUGAACAAUGCAUCAGAGAAGACGUUUGCCAGUGCCACAUUCAGUUCACUCCUUGAUGUCUUUCUCUCCACCAUAGUCUUCCUCUUUCUCUCCAUCACAUGUUUCAUGAAGCAGGGAUUGUGUACAUCUCCUUCGCAUGCCUCUGUUGUGGUUUUUGUCCUUGCGAUUCUGCUUCAAGUGCUUUCGUUGGUUAUCUCCAUCAGAAUGGCAUUUUACCUGGAUGAUGUGAUGCCAUGCACCAAAAGACUGAUGAAGGCAAUCUCUGGUUGGCUGCCUCGUCACUUUUUCGGAGCCAUUCUCAUCUCUCUCCCUGCAGUUGCUGUGUUCUCCCAGUUCACAUGUGAAUUUAAAACCAAUAUAAAUGUUACCAUGUUCUUCUGUUGUGCAAUGAUCAUCACUUUUAUUCACUACUGUAACUUCUGUCAGUUGAGCUCCUGGAUGAGAUUUUCUUUGGCUACAAUAGUAGGCAUAUCGCUUCUCAUCCUGCUGUAUGUGACACUAUGUCCUUCCAUCUUGCCAGAAACACCAUCUGAAUCUGUAGAAUCAUUCAGAGAAGUUGGGUGCAAUAUUUCAAUGUCAACUUGGAGUUCAAAGAAUCUGGAGUUGAUCAGACAGGAGGUGAUUCUGGAUAUUGUCUUGUUGCUUCUGCUAGUCUGGUUCCUGAACCGGGAGUUUGAGGUUAGUUACCGUCUCAAUUACCAUGGUAAUGUGGAGGCAGAUCUUCAUCGGCACAAGAUACAGAGCAUGAAGGACCAAGCAGACUGGCUCCUUCAUAACAUCAUCCCAGCUCAUGUGGCUGAUCAGCUCAAGGUAACUCCUCAUUACUCCAAAAACCAUGAAGAUGUUGGAGUUAUUUUUGCCAGCAUAGUUAAUUUCAGUGAAUUUUAUGAGGAGAACUAUGAAGGGGGAAAGGAGUGCUACCGGGUGCUGAAUGAACUUAUUGGUGAUUUUGAUGAAUUAUUGAGCAAACCUCAAUACAACAGCAAUAUUGAAAAGAUUAAAACCAUUGGAGCUACUUACAUGGCAGCUUCUGGGCUGAAUCCAUCACAACGACGUGAUAGCAAUCAUCCGCACAGUCACUUGCAGACACUUUUUGAGUUUGCCAAAGAAAUGAUGCGGGUCGUAGAUGAGUUCAACAAAGACAUGCUAUGGUUCAACUUUAAAUUAAGGAUUGGUUUCAACCAUGGACCCCUUACUGCAGGAGUUAUUGGCACUACAAAGCUACUGUAUGACAUAUGGGGUGACACUGUCAACAUUGCUAGUAGGAUGGACACUACGGGAGUGGAGUGUAAGAUCCAGGUGAGUGAAGAGAGCUAUCGAAUAUUGAGCGAGAUGGGCUAUGACUUUGAUUACCGAGGGACAGUCAAUGUUAAGGGUAAAGGUCAGAUGAAAACAUACCUGUACCCAAAAAGCACAAACAGUGGGAUCAUCCCAUCACACCAGCACUCAGUGUCUCCAGACAUCAGAGUGCAAGUGGACGGAAGUAUUGGGCGGUCACCUACAGAUGAGCUUGCCAACCUUGUGCCUUCUCUGCCAGUCUUGGACAGGUCUGGUUACUACCCUGCUAAUACUGAGGCUAAUGACUCAUCCUCUGCAUGUCAGAAGGUCACAAAAGUGCAGAUCAAAGAAGCUGAUGACAAAAUAGGUGACGACGAUCCAGAGGAAAUGGAUGAACUGACAAAGUUACAAAUAUCUAGCCAACUAUGAUGCAUCUUUUCAUACCACAAACCGGGCUCACCUGGGAGAAGUCAGUUCACAUUGGUAGUCUGCGUGACAUAAUUAUUUCCGGUUUUUAAUAUUUCAUUUUACAUCCUGAUUGCUGUGUGGAUCACAGUAACACAGGAUCCAACUCCAUUGCAAAUGCCUGUGCUGUUUUGGAUAUUUAAGUGCCUUUGGAAAAACUGAAGCAUGUGCUUCAGGUAGAAUGGAUGGAGGUAACUGAAAGAUUGGCUUAAUUUUCGAACCCUUGAUAAAGCUGUGGUUACAACCUUGCUCCAUCUUUUUCCAUUCUUCUUACAUCGCACCCCGUCUCAUUUUCUUUCUCAAUGCAGUUUUGUUUCUUUGUACUUUUUGUACCUAUAGUUAAGGUAAUCUUUUAAUCUGAGCAUCUGCAAACAACCACUGAGGGUGGAUGUCGGUGAAAGCAUUCAGUACACAAGGAAUGGGAGUGGGAAGAAUCUGGUCAAGUAAAUUAUUAACAACCCCUGAGUAAGUCCUGACUUAUUCCAAAUUAUGAAAUGAAUGUGCCACUUUAACCUUGAGGAUACAGCCCUGUCUUUCACUUUCUUUGACUGUACCUACAAAGUACAUAUUAAAAGCAGACUGUGGAUGGGUUUCAGACGCACUGUUACAUGCUGGUGUCUAAAGGGUUGUGAUUCUUUUAAAUUUUUUUGGAUCAAUUGAAGUCUUGAGUUCAGUGUUUGUUUAGAUCUGUGUAAGAAAAGUUUUGAAUGUUGAACAGUCUUAUUCAGUAUAGUGAGUUGAAUUAAUGUAAAUAUUAGCAUUGGUUCCAGAUUAGAAUAACAGACCUUUUUGAUUAUCCCCAAAAGCUAAAUGUUCUCGUUAAAAGCCUCAACACAUUAUGAUUCGAGAUCUGUUUUCAGUUCUU